CGUUACCCCCGACCCGAGUGUCCCAUUAGAAAGGACAUUCCCCUUUUAUUGACACUACGACCGAUGAACUAACUCUCUCUCAAUUUCAAACCUUCCUUCUUCUUCAAUUGAGCCCUAAAGGGAGAUGAAAAUAUCUCAAGCACUAAAAAUGACUGCAACUACGAACCAAAGCGAUGGGGAAAUCUCAUAUGAGGAUCUUAGACAAAAAAGAAUCAAAGAAAACAUGGAAAGAAUGCUAAAACUUGGCAUCUCUGAUCUUUCUAAAAAGCUCAAAUCUAAACCUCCCCCUCCUCUUCCAAAGAAAUCUAUCAAGAAGAACAAAAGUGAAGUAGAAAACACUGAACCCCCUCGUCGCUCUUCCAGGUUGGAGAAGCUAACUCCGGUUAGCUACAGUGAUAGCCGUCCAAAGACUCCGAAAGGACGAAGGAACCAAAUGGAAGAAGAAGAUGAUGAUGAUGAAGAUGAAGAGGAAGAUGAUGAAGAUGAAGACGAAGACGAAGAUGGGAACUACAGAACAAGAGCAAGGUUUAACUCAGAUUUAUGUGGUCGUCGCUCUACUAGGUUGCAGAAGGUAAGUCGAGUGAACUAUGCUGAAGUUACUCCAAAAAAGACAAAUAUUGAGAAGGAUGGAGAAAAUGGGAAGGAGGAUGUCUUGGUAGAAGAAGAGGAGAAACUAGAGAUGGAUACUGAAGAGGAGAAACCAGAGAUGGAUACUGAAGAAGAUGAGAAAAUUGCCAAGCAACCAGUUUCUGUCAACCGGUCUCUUGUUUUUGAUAAUGUAGAACAUUCCCUUCGUCCUACUGAAUCUGUGAACUCGUCUACCGGUGGAAAAGAUCCAGAUGUUGGAGAAGUAACAUCGCCAAAGCAAACUUAAGCUGGAAGAUUGAGGGAUAGGAGAAUGAGCUCUUGAACACACAUGCUGUCUCUUUUAUUCUGAUUUUGUAUGAGGGAGGACAUGAGACCGCAUAAUUUUUUGUUAGCAACAUCCUUACAGAUUCAGGGUAGGCAGGUAGAAAAAUUCUUUUGGGUAGUAGUCGCAAUGCCGCAUGGUUUUUUGUAUAUUUCUUGCGAAGGAUUGGUUAGAUGGUCUUAUGGUUUCCUCAAAGAAAUUAGAUAUGUACAUUCCAUGAAUUCUAGAAUUUAUGUUAAUAUUGAUGAUGCGUUUUGUCUGA